AUGUUUGGAAGACAUAAGAAGAAAAUAACUGUAAAUUGCACCAGCUGCCCUAUUGCUCCGGUAGCCUGCCAACCACAACCACAACCAGAGCAAUGUGUACAAUGCUGUGCGUCAACACAACAAUGUACAUCACCUUCCACGUUCGCUAAAAUCGCGCAUAAGGUUGGUGAGGUCACUUCAUAUGUGGCAUCAAAAAUUAUGAACGGUCUUCGAGCCAUUCGCGAGGCCAUCUCUCCACCGAAAAAUAAGUGCCCAAAGCUGGAUCCCUGCGAAGAGGCGAGGAGAUAUGCCAUGAGCUGUACGUAUAGGAAAACCACUACCUGUUGCCAAAAACUAAUCUAG